UGAAUUCUCAUUUUUAUCCCUCUUUUGAGCCUCCUCCACGACCAUAAGCAAAAAUGCAAGAAAUUGGUGAAAAGGGUAUAUUCGUCAAUUGAGGCAAAUAUGGGCUGAUAAAUUCAACAGAGUUUCUCUUUCUCACUCAUUUUUGCUCUUUGUUGAUCUGUCUGUGCGGGAUACUUCCUUUGGUCCUUUGUUGAUCUAUCCAAUCAAAUCUUACGAAAUUAGGAAAAGAUGAGGUCGCUUCAGGCACCGAUUGUUUGCCCUAAUGUUCGUCCCAGACAAAUGGGUGUCUCUGCUUCACUUGUCAACUGCUCUGUUUCGAAACCAAGGCUUCUCAAAAAUCAAUUUUGGGGUGAUCAGACCAGAAAUGUCAAGCCAAAGGUUGCUAGAGUCACUCUCCGGCUCCAUCUUAGGAGGUGUAAGAGCAUACAGUGUCUUUUCAGCUCGCAUUCUGAUGGUACCGGAAGCACAGCAGAGAAUUUCAACGAGAACGAUGAAGAUUAUGUCAAGUCUAGUGUACUGGAAGCUGUUGAGGUAAGAAGUGGAGCAGAUGGUUUCUUGGUCAAGAUGAGAGAUGGGAGGCAACUUCGAUGUGUCCACAAUAAUCCUCAGGGAGGGAAUCUUCCAAAUUAUGCUCCACACUCUGCAAUCGUACUGAAAAUGGAAGAUGGAACCGGUCUUCUUCUUCCCAUUGUCGUCUCGGAGAUGCCAAGUGCGUUACUUAUGGCGGCGUUGACAAAUGUUCAAAUAGCAAGACCCACUAUGUACCAAGUGGUGAAGGAGAUGGUAGACAAAAUGGGUUACGAGGUUAGGCUUGUAAGAGUUACCACAAGAGUUCAUGAGGCAUAUUUCGCACAGUUAUACAUAUCAAAGGUGGGUAAUAAGUUGGAUUGUGUGAGUUUCGAUCUUCGUCCUUCAGAUGCAAUUAACAUAGCUGUCAGAUGCAAGGUACCUAUCCAAGUCAACAAGUAUCUAGCUUAUAGCGAUGGGAUGAGAGUUAUCGAGUCUGGAAAGCUAUCAAAGCAAACACCUGGUUCAGAUGGUUUAUUAUUUACUGAACUAGACCGGCCAAAUGGUCAGCCUUGUCUUGAUACAAAAGAGUUUGAUCUGUUGAGCAACAUGAUGCAAGCUGUUGAUGAAGAACGGUAUGAUGAAGCCGGUUUUGAAGGUUUCUCCAACAACGAUGAGAGAAGGGAACGGAAGUUGGAUUCCCAAGUUUCAGAGGAUGAGAAGAAAACUAGAAUCGGAAUCUUCAAGAAGAAAGCAUCAAAGGCUUCUAGCAAAUUCAGACACUCUCUCAGCAAGAGAAGAAGGCCAAGCAGGACCAGAAGCAUCGAUCGGACUCUGUCUCUUACUUUCGAAGACAUACACGAUGCUGAUGAACUGCGAUCUGUCUCUGAGUUCCGACAAUCACUCAUCUCUGACCAUUUGCUACCUCCAACGCUUGAUGACUAUCACAUGAUGUCGAGAUUCCUUUAUGCAAGGAAAUUUGAUCUUGGAAAAGCAAAGUUAAUGUGGGCUAACAUGAUUCAAUGGAGAAGGGACUUUGGUACAGACACAAUCUUGGAGGACUUUGAGUUUCCUGAACUGGAUCAAGUUCUCGAGUACUACCCUCAGGGAUAUCAUGGUGUUGAUAAGGAAGGAAGACCUGUUUACAUUGAAAGACUAGGAAGAGUCGACCCUUGCAAACUCAUGCAAGUCACUUCACUGGAAAGAUACUUGAGAUAUCAUGUUAAAGAGUUUGAGAAAACUGUCACUGUCAAAUUUCCAGCUUGCUGCAUCGCUGCUAAGAGACACAUUGACUCCAGUACAACUAUUCUUGAUGUCCAAGGCGUGGGCUUUAAGAACUUUACUAAAUCUGCGAGGGAUCUUAUAACCCAGCUGCAAAAGAUUGAUAAUGAUAACUACCCUGAGACACUUCACCGUAUGUUCAUCAUCAAUGCCGGUCCUGGUUUCAAGAUGUUUUGGGGCACAGUCAAAUCGUUUCUUGAUCCAAAGACUGUCUCCAAGAUUGAUGUCCUUGGCAACAAGUACCAGAACAAACUACUUGAGAUGAUUGAUGCAAGCCAGCUGCCAGAUUUUCUCGGUGGCGCUUGCACUUGUGCAGAUCAGGGAGGUUGUAUGAGAUCAGAUAAAGGGCCGUGGAAAGACCCUGAGAUACUAAAGAUGGGUCGCAGUGGUGGAACGUUCUGUAGGCAUGCCGUUGCUGUUCUAAGCAGUGAUUCCCAAAUAUCGUCAUCUGAUAAGCCAACUUCUUAUGGUAUGAAAGCUAGUGACACAUCAACAACAGAGUCAGGGUCUGAACUGGAAGAGAUGGCUUCACCGAAAACAAAUCAUGUACCUAAGUUGACUCCUGUUUCUGAGAAUAUCAAGGGCAACGGUAAAAUAAGCCCUACUGUUUUAUCUGAGUAUGAAGACUGUGUACCAAUGGUGGAUAAAGUUGUGGAUGUUGCUUGGCAGUCACAAGAGAUCUCAAAUGCUUCUGAAGGUUCGGAAUAUACAUCAACUUUGGGCAAAAUAGGAACGGUUAGUCAUAUCUGGAGUUGGCUAAGUGCGUUCUUGAUAAACUUGUUCGCACUCUUGGCUUCUCUGUCUCUGCCACAGAGUAAAAGACAGUCACAGUUGAUUUCUCCGAGCGCUAGAGCUGAGCCGUGCGACGAACGAAAUGCAAGGGAAUCUCGUCCUCCUUCGCCUUCUCGUGCAAGUACCAUCACUGAAAGAGUUAUCUUGUCCUCUGUUGUAAGCAGACUAGGCGAUCUUGAGAAACAGAUAGAAACCCUUCACAUGAGGAAAUCCGAGAUGCCUCAUGAGAAAGAAGAGUUGUUGAAUGCUGCUGUUUAUCGCGUGGAUGCACUCGAAGCAGAGCUCAUCAACACGAAAAAGUCAUUACAUGAGGCAUUAAUGAGGCAAGAAGAACUCUUGGGCUACAUAGACAGACAAGAGGAAGCUAAAGAAAGAAGUUCUGCUGGUGAAGAGAACUCAAGGUUGAGAGGUAAUUAG